GCUAAGGUAAUUAGCCUUGAACAGUCCCAACUAUCUGCCCCCGCCCUCCUAACCCUUGAUCUGCUGUAAUCCCAGUCUCUCAGCCCAGCACAACCCUCGUUCCAAGGGUCAGCGGAACUGUGGCAAGUGCAGGAACCGAUGCCAGCUCCUCGAGCGGCAGCACUGGCAGUUCUGCACUGGUCACAGUCCCUAAUGCGGGGACUUCAGCCCAAAACGUCGCAGUUCUUACUGGCGUUCAGUACAGCGGUCCCAUGGUGGACAAGCGGGCGGCCACGCUGCCGUCCAAGUACGACGAGAAGGCUGACAUCACCUCUUGGAUUAGUUCCAUGAGGUCAUACUUCGAGGUCAUGCGAACACCGCAAGAGGACCGAAGUAUGAUAAUGGGGACUGAUACCGAGCCCGCCGUACGCAACUACAUUGAGCUCCAAGCUGUUGCUGCAGGCUAUGAGCGCAUAGACCUGACUGAAUGGCUGAAGGUUACCCCUGUCCGCGCUCUUGAAGAUCUUCUCCUUGACUGGUAUCAGGAUAAACACGCUGCGCUCAAGGCUAGGUUGAAGCUUGAGGCCCUCAAAGGCCAAACAUGGAGGUCAUCCAUGCAAGCUUUAGAACAACACUUGACAUGUCUAUUCACCACUUCGGAUCUGGGGAUGACUGACGUGUCUUGCAUGGAUGUAGUCAUGGAAGUGACCCCUAAAGAAUACCUCUCCCUGCUAGCACUCAAAGACCAUGCUACCUGGCGAGAGCUCAUGAAGGAUCUAGUCAACCUAGAGGCCAAGGACCUCGCCAGGCGCAAGAAGGCGCCCGCUGCAGGUGGGAAACCACAACGCAAGCRGUUGGGAARCAGCAACCAGCKUGCACUGCAUGACCAUCGGGAGGCUGAGGAUCAGUCCUAUGCGGAUGAUCUGUCUCUGGAUGACGAUCUAGAGCCGGACUCCGAUGCGGGCUGAUUGCUAUCGUCUUCAGGGAAACAGACAAGGGGUGUAGAGGAGUCAUCAACACUCUCUACAGCAAGGGAAGUUGGGCAGUCAAUUGCAGGCCCUUCCGAGAAGCCUGGAUCUGAUCAGCAGCGUGCUCUUGAAGCCCAAACUAAUGCUGAAUCCAAGGCUGACGCAGUCCAAGUAUUGUACACUGAGCCUUGGGAGGAGUCUAAAGAGGUCGACCUCCACGCCCACAUGAAGCAUUGGCUGCAGCUCAAGCAGCAACGCCGUGUUCAAGGGAGCGUGGAGCUGAUUUUUUUAAAACUACUCAUUAACUGCCGAUACAUCCGUGUGCUGAUUGACAGUGGUUCGACCACUAAUUUCUUCUCUCCGAACGGGAUUCGUAAGGCAGGUCUGGGUAUGAAGCAAGUGGAACUGCAGAACCCUUGCCGGACUCAGGUGGGCAACCAAGAGGUUGUCACUUCUACUCAUGCUGUCAAAGGUGUGCGCAUCACCUUUGACAAAGAUCGCACUGUCACACAUGAGCUGAAUUUCUAUGUCCUGGACAAGUGUCCUUUCGACGCGGUCAUUGGCUUGGGCUGGCUAAAGGUUCAUUGCCUAAGGACCACGUGGGCAGACAACCAGUUCGUGGUACUUGAUGCCAAGGGUAACGCGCGUACCGUCUUACUAGACGAGACGCGCGAGUCCCCUGUGACUCUUCUCAGUGCUAACAAAUUCUGCAGGUCAGUGCGCAGGCGCAAGGAAGCUGAGUUUGUACAUAUAGCUCUUUUAAAGCCUUUCCACGUGUCUUCUACUUUUGCUGCAUUUUCUACCUCUGAAGGUAACUCUACCUUUACUACUACUACUUCUGUUGUAAAUGAUCAAUCUAGUUCGAAACCAAAUAUGUCGAAAUCGGUUGUGAUUGCUGUAAAUUCCCAAUCUGAUUUUCUCUCUCCUGAUGAGGAUGAUCCUCCACCAGAAAUCCCAGCGAACAUUCGCCAUCUAUUAGAUCGAUUUCCUCCAGCGGAACCUCGCGGAGUUCCCGAGUGUCCAGUCAAGCACAAAAUCGAGAUAAUAGAAGGGAGUGUCCCUCCAAAGGGCUGCGUCUACCGUAUGGAACAAGGCGAGUUGGAGGAGCUGCGGAGACAAAUUGAUGACAUGAUUGAUCGUGGAUGGAUUAGGCCUAGCGAGUCUGAGUUCGGCGCACCUGUUUUGUUUGUGUCGAAGAAAGGAGGCAAACUCCGGAUGUGCAUUGAUUAUCGUGGUUUGAACCGAAUCACAAGGAAGAAUGCCUACCCUUUGCCUCGUAUAGAUGAUCUGCUGGAUGCGGCCGGUGGAUGCAAAGUCUUCUCUAAGAUCGACCUCAAGUCUGGCUACCACCAGAUUGAAGUUGAUCUGAGCGACCAUCACAAAACUGCGUUCAGGACACGCGACGGCCUGUACGAAUUCAUCGUUAUGCCCUUCGGCCUUACGAACACACCAACCACAUUUCAGUCCCUCAUGGACAAGGUACUUCGUCACCAACUUAACAGGUUUGUGGUUGUGUAUCUUGAUGACAUUCUGAUUUUUAGCAAGUUCAUGGAGGAGCACGUCAAGCAUCUCGAGGAGGUCUUGCAAGUCCUCAAAGAUGCUCAACUGCACCUCAACUUGGAGAAAUCUGAGUUUGGCAGGGACAACGUCAUCUACCUUGGGCACCGGUUGUCUGCAAGCGGUCUUGAGCCGGAGGCAACCAAGGUUGAGGUCAUCCGCAACUGGCCUCAACCGGCGAAUGUACGUGAGCUGCGUUCUUUUCUUGGUCUGGCUUCUUACUACCGGAAGUUUGUGCCUAAGUUCUCUGUCAUUGCUCACCCACUCUCACGCCUGACUAGUAAGAAUGUUGCCUUUGCGUGGUGUGAAAAGUGUGAGACUGCGUUCCAAGCCUUGAAAGAGGCUUUGUUGAGUCAUCCUGUGCUCCGCAUUGCGGAUCCCAACCUCACGUUCGUAGUCACUACGGACGCGAGCCAGUUUGGGAUUGGUGCAGUGCUACAACAAGAUGAUGGCGAUGGUCUGCGUCCGCUUGAAUAUUACAGCAAACGCAUGCCCAGCCACAAGGUAGCCACUUCCACAUACAUGCGGGAGCUCUACGCCUUGCGCGAGGCGCUCACGCAUUGGAAGCACUACCUCUUGGGUCGCCACUUCAAGGUCUAUUCAGAUCAUCAGACCUUGCAAUGGAUGAAGACACAAACUGAUCUCUCUCCAACUCUGACCCGCUGGCUGCAUGACAUUGAUGUUUUCAACUUUGAACUAAAACAUAAGAAAGGCUGCUAUAAUCGUGUUGCUGAUGCUUUGUCGCGCCAUCCCGAGUAUUUAACUUGCCUUGUGGACUCGUACGACCUCCGGAGGAAACUGAAGGAAGAUCUGGUCGAGCACACUGCCAAGGAUCCGGACCUUAGUCCCAUCCUUGAGCAGCUCAAGACUGACCCCAACAGUCAGCCUGAUUUUCAUGAAUGCGAGGGUCUUGUAUUUCGCCGGUACGGAAAGUUUGACCGUCUAUGUGUACCCAACCAUGCGCCUCUCCGAACUCACUUCUUGGAUCUGGCGUACGGUCGGAGUGGACAUUUUGGCUUUGAGAAGACUUAUGGAAGUCUUCUACAACAAUUUGAUUGGCCAGGAAUGAAAGGAUCUGCUCAGAAAUUCAUUGCUGAAUGUCAAGUAUGCCAAAGAAUCAAGGUCCACAAGCAUAAGCCUUAUGGCCUACAGAGACCUCUCUCCAUUCCUGAUGGACCCAGUCAAUCGAUUUCCAUCGAUUUCACGGACAUGGGAAAGGUGAGUGAGGCUGGGAAUUCACAAAUCAUGGUCAUUGUGGACCGCUUCUCCAAAUUUCUGAACUUUAUUCCUCUCCCUCCUCACGCCCCGACUGAACUUGUAAUAGAAGAAUUUCAUCAGCAGUACAUUCCGCAGUCCGGCGUCCCGAAAACUAUUGUGAGUGAUCAAGACACCAGAUUCAUCAGCAAAGAUUGGAAAGACUUCACGUCUCAGAUCUACGACAUCAAACUGAACAGGACUUCUGGUCGACACCCCGAAGCCAAUGGAUUGGCUGAGGAGAUCAACCAGACUGUCAUCCAAUUGCUUCGCGCACUAAUUGUUCCAGAUCAGAACACGUGGGACAAGGAAUUGCACAAAGUGAAGGAGCUGUACAACAACUCCAUCCAUUCUGCGACUGGUGUGACACCAAACCAAUUGCAGUAUGGAUGACCUAUGCGUAAUCCCCUCUCCUAUCUGUUCCCCGGACGGUCACCUGGUCUGAUGCCCGGCAUGCC